AUGGGUUCCAAGUCUAUACGAGACGCCAAUAGUCCAUCUGCCUCAUCAUUUCUCCUUCCUCAACUUCGCCAUUCGCGGCGUGGAUCUCUAACCUCUCUCUCUAGUGCUAACCAACUCGACAAGGGAGCUCUCUCCCAGGCUCUUGACCAGAUUCAUAGCACCGCGAGUCAGACCGAGACUCUCACAACCUUCAACGAAUACACGUCGCCCCCAGCCUCAUCCUCUGGACCAGAUACCAAAGGCAUUGCAAGCGAGCUCCAGGGAGGCUUGAGUGGGCUCUACAGCAGAUUCAGGGCGUCGGUUGGAAAUGUGAAAGAUAUUGUCAACCUCGCAGCUGAAGAUGUGGCGGAAGAGAACGCGUCCUUGAAGAGCCCGAGAGCGGCCACAUAUAGUCCGAAGCCGCUUUCUAAGCAUGUGUUCGAAUCUGCACGGGACCCAAGCUCCUCCAACAGUACUACCCAAACCACGUCGGCCCCAGGGUCCGGGCGACAGUCCCCAUUAGGCAUCGUGGACACUGAAGGAGAGCACAACGAAACAAAGCAAAGCCUCAAGCCGUUUACAAAGUCUCUGGUUAGCGCCAGUACCUCGGCAAAAUCGGCAACGGGAGCUCUCGCUGCACUCAAAUCAUCCUCCGUACCGCCGGCGCAAGUUGCGCAGCCGAUUACGAUCAGUCCAGCGUUAGUGGAUGUCAACAUUAGUACAGUGAAAGGAGUAGGCGCCAAUGCAGAUUCAGUCUCUGCUGCCAGAACAGCAACUCCUACCGAACCGCAAAGAUUAUCACGAAACUUCCGAAGACAGAGCUAUUUGGCUGAACCGCUUGCUCAGGGAAGCGUGGAUGCCUCUGUGUCCAACCCUUCACAAGGCCUCAUAUCAAGGAAUUCAAGCCAAGGUGUUCCUAAGCAACAAGGAGAUGAACCAGUACCCAAUGACGCCAACAGCGCUUUCAAAUCUCCUGAUAUACCCAGGGUCCUUGGGACGCGAGCUAUGUCUACGGACAGCGUGCGCCGCUUUCCUGACCUCGAAGAAGGAUCCGAUGAGGCGGCAUUUACUAUGACAGGUUCGUCAUCUGACCCGAAAAACACCCACAUGGGUAGACCUGCUAUGGUAGUCUCGAAUUAUGGCAAUGGGCAAGAUGAUAUGUUCAGCGUUCCUGACAGUAACAACACUAGAGGUGCAACAGUUGACGACGCUGCUAAAACAGGAGGGGGAUAUCAGACCAUAGGUGUGGCAAUACGGAAGACCGUGGCGCCACCUCUAAUCACUAGGUCUCAUCCGUCUCCUCUGAGCAUGUCUCGGGCCUCUUCCCAUGGUACCGAAAGCUUGAACAACUCUCCACUUCCGACAAGGUCACGAAAACGCCCUGCCGGAUCACAUGAGACACUUCCACCUCAAAGCAAAAAUUCCCAACAUAUAGCAUCAGCGGCGACUCACCGUGAUUCUAGGACUAUGAAUGUAUUUUCUCAAGUCAAGAACAAGGUCUUAAACAAAGAGUAUUGGAUGAAAGACGAGAACGCGAGGGACUGCUUUUAUUGUGGAGACUCAUUCUCAACGUUUCGGAGAAAGCAUCAUUGUAGUAAGUCCAACUGUUCAUGUAUUGUUUGGCAUUCAAGUGACACGUGCACAGGGACAUGCGGUCAAAUAUUUGAUGCAAAAUGCACAUCUCUUCUAUCUGGAGAACACUUUGGACAAGCUGGCAUGCUGCGUGUAUGCAAACCCUGCGAGGGCAUCAUCAAAGGUGAUGACGACUCCUCGGAGAUAUCGGAUGACGGCAGUCUUUCCAUACGUGGUCUGAGACCUAGACAUGGCUCUACAGGAGCGGGUGAUGUCCUUGCCAGUCCUGUACCUACUGCAAGCCCAACCGCUACAAAGGGUUCUCGUCGAAGUCCAAAUCAACCAGAUCUUACGGUUCCUAUGAUGUCGAUUCCAGCGACUCGUAAAGCAGGCGGGGACGCUGGGAACAAACCUCUUGUCCUAGAAAUUGAGGCCGAGCGAACACUAUUGCGGCCUUCCUCGUCUCGGUCUCUCAAAUCAUCUUUUGCCGUUAAGUCAUUCUCGUCGGGCCACCGACGCUUCAAUUCGCGGCAUCAGUUCCAACGUAGCUUUAAGCCGGUCAAUGAGGACAACGCUCCGUUUCACCAGAGUCCCGUGAGCGACAAAACAAUCGCUGGCCGAUUGCCUGCUUUUCACGAUGAUAAUAUCAUCGAUCCCGAUCUGGCUCCAUAUCUGUCUGACGAAGGGUCGAGUGGUGAUGAACAGGUGGGCAUUAUGGCUGCCUUGAAUGGUGAUGGGCUGUCUCGAAGUCAUGACAACGAGAGGCAUGCAUUUUCUGGACUGCUUGCUUCCUCCAGGAAGGCACGAUCAAGGGCUGGAGACAAGAGCAUCAGUGGCGUCACCUUUGCUAGUAGGGAUGCAGACACCCAUAGCCUGAACAGCUCAAAAACAGCAAAUAUCUCUCGGUCCAAAAGAAGAAACCAUAGCGUCGCAGGCAAUCCGCAUCUGCGGCCUUCGCCGAGAGGCCAUCGAGGCAGCGCAGCAAUAACGAAUUUUGGCUUGAAUAUGCAUGAAAGCCCCAGCACCUCUAAUCUCGCACAAGUAGCCUCGUCCGCAGAGUCUGUAGUAGCAUCUCGAAUGAUACGGAGCUCGUCAAUGAGAGGUGCUGCUGCACCUGCCAUCGAGUUGAACAAUGCAAGUCUCCGUCAUGUUCGGAAAUUGCUGCAUCAACUGCUACAAGAUUCUAAUGUGCCGAAUGUCGCCAGUUGGGAAAAGGCACUUGUGCCUAUCCUACUGAGAGCCACGGAUGACGUCAACCCAGAUGUGCAAAAUGGCGACGAUAUUGACAUCCGACACUACGUGAAGCUGAAGAAGAUACCUGGAGGACGACCUGGCGACACUGCUUAUGUCUCAGGACUAGUUUUCACCAAAAACCUCGCCUUGAAAUGUAUGCCCAGGAGCAUGUCCCAUCCUAAUAUUUUGAUUUUAACGUUUGCCCUCGAGUACGCCCGUCAUCAACAGCAUUUCAUGAGCCUCGAACCAGUCAUAAGACAAGAACGAGAAUUUUUGCAGAACCUUGUAAAUCGCAUAGCUGCUUUGCGACCGCAGCUCCUACUGGUAGAACGCAACGUCUCAGGCCUCGCGCUGGAAUUUCUAGAGCAGGCAAAUAUAGCUACAGCUUACAACGUCAAGGCGUCUGUGCUGGAGGCUGUGUCUCGAUGUUGCCAGACUAGGAUCAUAUCAUCGAUUGACAAGCUUGCAAUCAAGCCUGCGCAAGCCGGGAAAUGUGCAAGUUUCUAUCUCAAAACAUAUGUCAAUGAAGGCAGAAAGAAGACCUACAUGUUUCUCUCUGGUUGUGCGAAGGAGCUUGGUUGCACGAUAGUGCUUCGAGGGGACAACGAUGCAACGUUAGCUAAGAUGAAGCGAAUCACCGAAUUCAUGAUAUACGUCGUCUACAACUUGAAAUUAGAAACCUGUCUCAUGAGAGACGAAUUUGCAUCAAUCCCGGCAAACACGGAAAUCGGAUCUACGCCUCCAAGCAAAGACAGCCUACCCAAAGCCUUUCGACAUCUUCUCUCCGACAAUCCGAACGGUGAGAACAGCCGUAUCGGAACCUCUUGGCAGAGACGAAAGGAAAGCAAAAGCGAUACUACUGCAGAUGUUUCCAAUGCUGACAUUCUCAACACCCAAGGUCCAGAAGGACAGCAAGCAGAGAAACCAAAGAUCAGUCUUCCCGACGACGAUUCUGUUCCGGAAGAUGUUCCGAUGCCCACUUUCUAUGGCGACAUGGUCGAAGAACACCAAACCAAGAUACUUUCCGCUUCUCCUUUCGUCAAAUUCAUGCAGCCGUACCUCUUGAUGCGUGCCCGAGAGCAAGAACGUCGACUCGCGUAUCUAAAGCGUUUGAGAGACCAAGACAUCUUAGAAGAACAGAAUGUCGAUGAAAAGGCAAAACGCGAGAAAUUCGAUCUCAUCAAGCCGGAGAUGGUCCACGAAAGGAUUCGCACAGCAUCUAAGAAAGUACGCGAAGUACUACAUGCUGUACAUGAUGCCGAGUAUGACAAGGCUCUCCACAAUUACCAGACUCAAAGCAAGCAGUGGGAAGCUUACAUCGCAGGCAACAUCAACUUAUUCGAUCCUUACGCACACCAGAAUAUUGCUGUUCUGUAUAGCGUUGUCUGUACAGUCACAACUGUACCAUGCUCUGGCCCUGAUCUGCUGGCUUUAGGGUUUUACAACGAACAUGAAACCGAUGCCGAUUUUGAAGCAGACUGUACUCUUGGUCAGUACGUGGAAGACUUGUGUCUUGGAGCCAAUACUAUCUGUACCGCAAAUGGCUGCGAAAGGAAAAUGUUCGAGCAUCAUCGACAAUAUGUCCACGGAGAAGCUCAGCUCAGUGUUUUUGUUGAACGAUAUCCCUGCAAGCUUCGAGGAUUGCAAGAUACUAUCUUGAUGUGGAGUCUUUGUCGGAUAUGUGGUAAAGAAACGCAAGUGAUGCCAAUGUCCGAUAGCACUUGGAAGUAUUCCUUUGGAAAAUAUCUGGAACUCUCAUUUUGGAGCAGCGAGCUGCACGCUCGAGCUGAUGUCUGUCCUCAUGAUCUUCAUCGGGAUCAUCUUAGAUACUUCGGCUUCCAAGAUGUGGCGCUUCGAGUACACUACGACCCAAUCACGCUACUUGAAAUCAUCGUACCACGAGCCAGGAUAACGUGGAAGGUUGACAACGAUCUUCGAUUCAAGAAUGAGCUUUUCACCAAGAUUGAAGAACGCCUUGGCAAAUUCAUGCUAUCAGUCAAAGCCCGGAUCAAAAGCAUCAACACCGAAAGCGUUGUGCCUGAAAAAUCCGAAAGCUGCAACCAAGAAGUCGAAAAACUUGCAAAACGUGCAUCCGAUGAGCAUCAUGCCCUCGUUCAGAAGCUCAGAGAGAAGUAUAUGAAUUCGAAGCAUUACGAGAUCAUUCCCCUAAACCGAGCAAUCCGAGCCACGCAAGAAAAAGUAGCUGAGUGGGACAAUGCCUUUGCAGACUUUGAUCGCAAUUUCUUCCCUUCUGAGAAAGAUAUUCGACGAUUGGCGACUCUCCAACUCAAAAAGAUAUUCUUAGACCGUGAUGAAUCGGUCACAUCAUUGGCUUCUACAGAUGACAGCGCAACUAUCUCUGUGUCGGAAGAGGCGAUGAAUGAGAAGACUUCCAUGGAUGACACUCCAGCAUUGCCUCCCCAAACCCGGAGAAUGUCUCCAGAAAAGGCACACGAUAUGCUUGCUGCUGUUGUUGAGAAACAUGUAUUGAUAAAUAGCCAGCCUGACCAGUAUCAAAGCGCCCCCAACACUGCUGUGCCCAAAUUCGAAGCCGACUCGGCGCCUCGUUCUGUUCAACGGGGUUUGGAGAGAGAUGAUUUACGGCAUCUGGACUUAGCAACGUCUACAGACCUCCCAGAUAGGCUUGAGAUUGGACAAAAAUCGACUGUCGUCGACGCGAAGUUAACGGCACCACCUGAGACGGAAGACAAGGCCCCCCAACUAUCGGUUGAGCCGCAUCCUAGCGUAGACAUCAAUGAGCCCGGCCAUGGGGACAGCCUCAAAGCAACCAAUGUAGGAGUUUCUGAACAACCGAAGUUGUUAGACCAUAGUCAGACAUCUGGUAUUCCGCGACCUAUCGAGUCUACUCACGGCGCCAUAAGAUCAAACGUCUCUCCGACGCUUUCUCGCGCUCAGUCGCAGCCUGCCCAUUUCCGCCAUGAGCAGUCAAACAGCAGUCAGUCUUCAUCGGCCAUGCUUCCGUCUUUAAGCGCCGAUAGUCAGUCUACCAAAUCUGGCGACGUCUACGUACCACCAGCUGCAGGCGUCAGCAAACACGUCGAUAAAAAGCUCUCAGAUCGAUUUGGCCUCAAUGCUUUGAAGUCUAGUGGAGUGACUGCGCAUUCCAUGAUUCCACGAUCAAUCGCCAAUAGGAGGAAAGAAUCAAAAGUUUCCAAUCUCGCAAAACAUUUUGAGCAGUUAAGCCGCGAAUUUGAGAAAGAGCGUAUCCGAGAGCGACGACAACGCGCCGCCAAAAGUCGACAAGCGAGAGCCUACCCUAUGGCUGCUUCGAAGCCCAUCGUCCAAAUCUAUCGUAAUGUACAUGAAGCUGUCGAAGAGCGAGAGCCAUCAGACGAGGACCUUCCGUCUUCAGAUCCAUCUCAUACUGAGCAGGAAGGGCCGUCGAACACUAUAAAUCACAUGGCGGAAAGUACGGACUCGCAGACGCCGGGCGAGGGUUUCCAUGCGGAAGAAACCACAGCAGAGAACACCGAACUUGAGGAUAGCAACAACCUUGAAAGCCACGUCGGAUCUGACGUUGAGGGCGAAGAGCCUCGAAGCGAUGAAGAGCAUUCCAUUCUAGAUGAUAUUCAAACUCCUGGAGCAGCUGAUGAGCAUCACGCAUUGUCACCUGAAGAAGCUCAGCUCGACAUCAAGCUCGAUCUACCGAAGCAUGAGAAAAGUUCGCUGAUGAAGAUGCUGACAAACUUCUGGGCUGAGAGAUCCGCAAGUGGUUGGCAGCCCCUGGAGUACCCUCUGAACGCGACAGAUCACAUCUUCGCAGACUCUGACAUCAUUGUGCGGGAGGAUGAGCCCAGCUCUUUGAUCGCCUUUGCUCUAGGGUCGGAAGACUAUCAAGCAAAGCUACGGAGCAUAACAGAAAUCACUGAGUCCCAGAACGACCAGCAUGGCAAACGCCAGCCGCAAGAUUCGGUCUCGAACAUCGAUGACCAAGUUGAAGUUGAGCGUUCCCUUUUGAGAGCUACAGGCACACAUCUCAAAUACCAAUUUGCGGAAGGCUCAGCGAAGAUGCUUUGCAAAGUGUUCUAUGCGGAACAGUUUGAUGCUCUCCGUAGAAAGUGUGGAGUCUCUGAGCGUAUUGUGGAGUCGCUCUCACGCUGUAUGAAAUGGGAUAGCAAAGGCGGUAAAACCAAAUCUGUCUUCCUCAAGACCCUGGAUGACCGCUUCGUUCUCAAGUCUCUCUCGCCGAUCGAGACCCAAGCCUUCCUCCGCUUUGCACCUGCCUACUUCCGCAUCAUGUCUGAAUCCCUUUUCCACGAGCUUCCCUCAGUCAUUGCAAAGAUGUUGGGAUUCUACCAGAUCAUCAUCAAAAACCCCAUCACAGGCAUCGAGUUCAAUUGGUUCCUCCUCGUCAUGGAGAACCUCUUCUACGACCGCUCACCCACACGCAUCUUCGAUCUCAAAGGCUCCAUGCGCAACCGCCGCAUCCAAUCCACAGGCGAGCAAAACGAAGUCCUCCUGGACGAGAACAUGGUCGAGUUCAUCUACGAAUCUCCCCUCUUCUCGCGCGAACACUCUAAAAAGCUCCUCCGAGCAAGCGUCUGGAACGACACCCUCUUCCUCUCCCGUCAAAACGUUAUGGACUACUCACUCAUGAUCGCUGUCGACGAGAACCGCAAAGAGCUCGUUGUCGGCAUCAUUGACUGUAUCCGCACCUACACCUGGGAUAAAAAGUUGGAAAGUUGGAUCAAGGAUCGUGGCAAAAAUCGGCCGACCGUCACGAGUCCGAAGGAGUAUAAGAGUAGAUUCAGGGAGGCGAUGGGAAGAUAUGUGUUGCAGGCGCCGAAUUGCUGGCAUCAAUUUAAGGCGCAGCAGGUGGAUACGAGGGCGCUGAGGGCCGAUGAUCCCGGGGAUGAUAGGGAGGUCCAGGUUGUGGGGCUCUGA